AUGUCGCUGAGUGUGUCGGGGGAGGAGGGCGGCGGGGGCCGGGGGUCGCCGGCGGAGGGGGCGGCGGGGGUCGCGGGGGCCCCGGGCCGGCCCGACGGCUGCGACGUGGGCCGUAUGGUGGACUCGAGCCAGGCCGACGACCGCAAGAUGAUCCGGCUGGUGCGCGAGCGGCGGCUGCUGUACGCCCGGAACAACAUGCCCGUGGCCAGCUUCCACUCGCAGGUGAAGAGGCUGUGGCAGCAGGUGGCCAACGAGAUGGGCUGGAGCGUGGCGGAUGUACGGCGGAAGUGGUCCCACAUCCGCAACUCGUACUCUCGCCACCUCCGCAACGAGAUGCACGGCGCGCGCACCGCCCGCGGGCGCACCGUCUCGCGCUGGUACCUCGCAGACGAGCUCGAGUUCCUCCGGGAGCACAUGGCCACUGACACGCGGCCGUCGUACCCCACCACGUAUGCGCCGAAGUUCCUCGAGAUGGACCUAUCGGAGCAGACCCCAGCGACGCCCACCGACCACGUCGACAUCAAACCCUUCAUCCAGAACCCGUGGUUCUCCCUCAGUACAUCGCAUAUGAACACGUCCUUCGAGACCAAGACAGAACCAUACAACCACAACGAAGACAGCACCAGCUCAGCCUUCGAGCCGGACGAGAACUCCUCCUACUUCCAAUUCUUCCGCGGCAUCCACAAUGACUACUUGGAACUGACGCCGAAGAACCGGAGGCUUUACAAGAGGCAAUGCUUGAAUUUUCUGCAUGGAUUGUUGGACAUGCAGGACAACCAGCUCGGCAGCAGUUACGAUCAGAAUGAUGCGAUGAACCUUUCUAACUCGGUGAGCCUGAGCGACGAGGAACCGGAGCGGAAGGUGUGCGUGGUGGAUAACGUGGAGAGUUACAACAUUGUGCCCGGCAACUAACUAACGGCCGGCACACGGUCAUUGGUGUACUGACGUAACAGUUCCUUCGUUUAUGUACUUUUAAUGUUAAAAGAAAGUUCAAAUUUGUGGGUUUCCUAAGCACAUUCCUAAGUUUGGGAUUCCUAAAUAGUACAAUAAGAUUUUUUUUUGUUUAUACUUUAAAUGAAAGAGGAAUGACUAUAUUCCUAAAUUCCUUGCGAGUUUCUUAAACACAUUACUAAGUUUGGGAAAUCAUGAAUGGUAAAAAUAAUAGUUUUUUUUUGGUAGUUCAUACGUUAAUAAUUUUUAUUCAUAUUUUAAAAGAAAAGAUGAAUGACUAUAUUCCUAAAUGGAAUAGAAUAGAAAAUCAUUUAUUCAAAUAAACUUACAUUGAAGCACUUUUGAAUAGUCAUUACAUUUUUUUUAAUCUACCGCUCAUUCGGAAAGCUGUCUCAUCACAAGAAGAACGAGAAAGAAACUUGCGUGUUGCUCUUUUAAAUAAUUUUAUUGUUACUUUACAUUUUUAAGUUUAAGUGUGUGAAUACAAAUUACCGAUUAGCACUAAUGAAUUUGUUAACACAGGAAAUUUACAAUUUAUGGUUAUUUUACUACAAAUAGUUACAUUUUUAGAACACAACAGGUGAAUGCGAGGAUUUAUAAGAAAUGCUUGUUUAUAUAGUUCAAGUGAAUUUACAGAACCGUCAGAUGAAAUUCGAAGAAUAAUAAAAUAAUAAUAUCUCAGGACAAUUCACACAGCGCCAUCUAGUCCCAAGCUAAGCAGAACUUGUGUUAUGGGUACUAGACAACUGAUAUAAAUACAUGGAUACAUUUUUUGUAAAUAAAUACAUAUUGUACA